GUGCGUCUGAUUUCAGAGCAACAAGCGCUGACAGGAAUCCACAGCUUAAAUGUCACCGCCGGCAGAUGCUCCACUCCAGCAUGUUUCAGUCUGAAGUCUUGCGUGUGUUUGCAUGCUCCACUGCGCGUUCGUGUGCUCUCAUGACCUGUGGCGUCACCUCCCUACCUCUGUCUGUCUGACCAGGAAGUCGCCGCCCUCCCCAACAGACCCAGCGCCACUCUGUCCGAACCAUCCACACGUCCGACCAUGGCCUCACCUCCAGACGCCGCUCUCUCUGCAGGCAGCAGAAGCAGAUCCAGGUCAGGACAUCCUGAGGAGAAGGCCGCAGGCGGUGAGGACCAGGAGGCCGAGCAGGUGUCGGUGAAGGAGAGACUGGCCAUGUAUCAGGCUGCCGUGUCCAGCAAAGAAAGCAGCGCGUCCUCCUCCGCUGUGAUGAUGGAUGAGUCAGAGGCCUGUUCGCUGCCUGGUGGGCUGGCAAGUGUGAAGAAACAGUUUGAGAAUCAGGAGUUUGCCUCUUCAUCCUCUCAGUCCAGUGUCACGCAAUUUCAUGUCCAGAAGAGAUCAGUCCAGGAGAUCUCAAGCUCCUCUGAGGUGAUGAUGAGGAGCAGUGCCCGGCAAGAGGUGAUCCAUGAUCAAAGGGUGCACCAUAACAAUGUGACCACGAGUUACGGGAACCAUCACAAUGAAACCGUUACGCUCGUUGGAGGAGACGACCUACCGAAGGUUUCCACUCAGGCUUUGAAGGAGCAGUAUGAAAAAACGAUUGAGGAAGCUGCACCAGCCAAGGAGAUCAAGGUUGAUUUGGAUUUCAACCAGUUUCAAUGGACACCAGUUAACCAGUCAUCCAAAUCCUCCACAAGUUAUGACACGUCCUCUGCUGCUGUAAGGAUGGAGACUGCUUCCUCUGCUUCAUCAAUGCAUAAUGAAGCGACUGAUCCCUUUUCUCUUCCAUCGUCACAUCUGCAAGUAAAAACCGGUGAGAGUAGAUCCCAGUCUCAGGAGUCAGCCUCCCGGGAAAGCCACACCGGGAGUACGGAGCAGUACUUUAAGCACAAGAACAUGGCGGAGCUGAAGCGCCUCUACAAGCACAUACAUCCCGAAGUGCGCAAAAACCUGGAGGAAGAUCUUAUCAGCCAGCUUAGUGAAGUGGAAAAGGUGGCGUUAGAUAGCAAAGAAAUGAGCGAAGUCCAGCAAACUCGUUUUAGGUUUGAAAACGAUGGCGAUGACUCGAGUGAAUGUUCGAGCCCCGACAAUGAGUCCGUGGAGUGGGACGAAAUCCUCAAAGGGGAGGUGCAAUCGAGGCGCUGGAUGUUCGAAAACAAGCCACUAGAUACAAUCAAAGACGAUUCCCUAGAUGAGAUUGAGGAGAGAAAUAUUGCACAGCAGGAAAUCAUAGCUGGUAAAGAUGUCCGACACACAGCUUGGAUGUUCGAAACUCAGCCCAUAGACGCUCUGGGGACGGAGGCCUCAGAAACUCAAGAUCAAUCAGAAAAACAGAAUGAUCUCGCGAGAGGAGAUGUCCGUACCGCGACUUGGCUUUUUGAAACGCAGCCUCUCGACUAUCUUAACAAGAUCUACCAAGAAGAUGAACAGGACUCGGACGCCACCAAUGACAUCACCGGAGGAGAUGUCAAAACGGCCAGGUACCUCUUUGAGACCCAGCAUCUGGAUUCCUUGGGUAAAAGCGAAACUAUAGAGGAGAGUAGCUUCCUAAGCCUCAAGUCGGAGCUUGAGGAGAUUAAGGGGGACGUCACGACCACAACACGCAUGUUUGAGACCUUCCCCAUGUGCGUCAUCAGAGGGGAUUCAGGGGAGAUGCUGGAGAUCACCACCAUCCGCCGGGAGGAGACCGAGAAAGGAGACGUGCGGACGUCGCGCUGGAUGUUUGAAACCCAACCUCUGGAUAUGAUCAACAAAGACCCUGCAAUGGUGAAGCUGAUAUGCGGAAUAUCGCAAGAGGAAACCACACAAGGCGGUGUGAACAGAGGCAGAUGGCUUUUUGAGACAAAGACGCUUGAUUCCAUUAAAGACGAGGAGUGGGAGAGUUCCAUGAGUCAAAGAAAAGACAUUAUUGGAGCUGAUGUGAGGAAACGUUGCCUUGUUUUUGAGACUCAGCCGAUGGACACAUUGAAAGAUAACACUAAUGCUCGACCUUUACCUUCUGAAGAGAUCGUAGGAGGCGAUGUUAAGUCCGCCAAACAUCUGUUUGAGACGGUGCCCAUGGAAAACCUGAAGGAGCUGCUUCAGGUGGGAAAGCUCACGAAAACUGUUGCAUCUGAGGAAGAAAAGGGCGAUGUGAGGCAUCAGAAAUGGGUCUUUGAAAGCCAACCACUGGAGAGCAUACGGGAGGAGAGGAAAGAGAUCACAAGAACUGUAAACAUUCAAGCCCAAGACAAAGGAGAUGUGACAAACUAUAAAGAGCGAUUUGAAACAAUGGAUUUAAGCAAAUGUGAAAGGACGGAGAAAAUCCAAGUUGAAGGCGUCACAAGUGGAUCUGUAAAGUCCAACAAGGAUCUUUUUGAAUCCACACCGCUCUAUGCCAUCCAGGACAGCUCUGGCUAUUACCAUGAGGUGAGGACUGUCAGGCGGGAGGAGAUAGUGAAGGGAGACAUUCACAGCUGCAGAUGGAUGUUUGAAACCCGCCCUAUUGAUCAGUUUGAUGAGAGCAUCAGUAAGUUCCAGAUCAUAAAAGGAAUCUCCAAACAGGAAAUCGAGUCAGGGGACGUCAAAACAGCAAAGUGGCUGUUUGAGACCCAACCUCUUGAUGCAAUCAAGUAUUUCAGCAAUGCUGAGGUGAAAGAACAGAAAACAAAGGAAGAAAUUGAGAAAGGAGACGUGAAAACAUGCAGAUGGUUGUUUGAGACCCAACCAAUGGACGUCCUGUACGAAAAGGUCGACAGGAGUGAAACUGAUGUGAAGGAAGUACAUAAAGGAGACGUAAAGACCUGCACGUGGCUUUUUGAGACCCAGAUGCUGGAUAACAUACGUGACCAUUCGGACAUGGAGAACAUUCUGAAGACCUGCACAGUGAAGCAGCAGGACAUCCAAGGCAAAGACGUGGGACUAGCUCGCAUCCUGUUUGAAACGGAGAACUUGGAAAACAUCACCGGGGAGGAGAGCGGCUCCUUCAGGAGGGUCACCGAAAUCGACAUCCAGUCGGGGGACGUUUCCAGGAUGAAGUGCAUCUUUGAGAACCGCUCCUCUGACAUCAUGAGCUCCACCUCCGAGGAAACGAUGCAAAGGCUGAAGACUCAGCAGGCCGAAGACAUCCAGAAGGGAAACGUGGUCAACUGUACCUGGAUGUUCGAGAACAAACCGAUUGACGCGAUCUGUGAUGCAAAAGAAAGAGAAACACGCACGGUGAUCGAUGUCCAGGGGGGAAACGUCGACAAAGGACGCUUCAUUUUUGAGACUUACUCUCUGGAUCAAAUAAAGGACGAAUCAAGCGAAGCAAACAUUUCGCAACUAACGGGUGUCUUCAGAAAUGACAUGGAGAAAGGAGAUGUGAAAAACUAUAAGAUGAUGUUCGAAACUCAGCCCCUGUACGCCAUCUGCGACAAGGAGGGCCACUACCAUGAAGUAACCACAGUUACUAAAGAGGAAAUCAUGAGAGGAGAUGUGGUGGGCGCAAGGUGGCUUUUUGAGACCAAGCCCCUGGACUCAAUAAGAGAUACAGAGGAGGUGUACGUCAUCAAAGCUGUGACUGAGGAGGGCAUCAAUAAAGGAGACGUGAACUCUGCCAGGUGGAGGUUUGAAACUCAACCGCUGGACGAAAUUACGGAAGAAAUAAAAGUCAAGUCCAAGACGGUUGCUGAUAUCCAAGGCGGAGACGUGAAGACAAACAAACAGCGCUUCGAGACAGACGAGACGUCGCAGAAGUAUGUCAGAACCGUGAGCGUUAGCGAAAUCCAGAGGGGCGACGUCCGAUCGGCCACGUGGAUGUUUGAAACCCGCACCAUUGAUGAGAUCCGAGGGGACGGUGUGGAGUACGACGGCAUGGAGAAGGUGAAGAAAGAGGAAGUCAUGAAGGGGGAUGUCAAACAGUCUGUGUGGCUCUUCGAGAAGCACCCGCUGGACAGCAUCAGAGAAUCGGAGGACUCCGAGACUGCUGUGUCGAAGGAGGAAGUCCUGCGAGGAGACGUGAAAACAACCACGUGGCUUUUCGAGACCACUCAGCUUCACCAAUUCAACGAGAGCAGCGUGGAGAAGACGGAAAUCAUCGGCAAAAGCAUCAAGGAGACGCUGGAGGAGCUUUACAGCCAGAAAAUGGUGGAAUCUCAGGGCGUUCUCAUCGAAGCAGACGAAAUCGGUGACAUCCGCAUGGCAAAGUAUAAACUCCUGAACCAGGAGGCCCCACAGAUACAAAAAGAGGACAUCAUUAGAGGGGAUCUGAGCAACAUAAUGAUGAACCUCCUAAACCGGAGGGAGACUUCAGAAAGGGGUAUAACUAUCGACAAGGAGGAGCGAGGGGACAUCAACACCACCGUGAAGCAGCUGCUCAGCCAGGAGCGAGGAAUCAAUGUGGAGAAGGAGGCAAUUAUUCGUGGCGAUAUUCAGGAGGCCAUGACCAACCUGCUCAGGACGGAGGGCUCCUCCAAGCGUGGCAUUCUGAUUCAGGAAGACGAGAAAGGAGACGUCAAGAUGACCAUCUAUUCCCUCCUAAAUAAGGGGGAGAAAGCCAGCAUGGAGAAAGAGGACAUCAUUCAAGGGAACGUCAGCAAAACUCUUCACCGUCUGCUCUCCAACUCAGGAGAGGAGGAAUCCAAGAAAAUACGAGUUGGAGAGAUAGAGAGGGGCAACGUCAGCUUUUACACAACGUGCAUCGAGUCUGGCGCCUUGGAUUACCUAAAGCAGUUUCAGUCGGAGUCGAGUGAGGAGCACGAGGAGGUUCAAAAGGAGCACAUCAUAGGCGGCAACGUGGAGGAGACCAAAAUGCUGCUGCGGAAGAAUCAGCAGCAGGUGGAACGUACGGUGGCAGAGGACGACAUCGUACCUGUUGAUGUGAACAGCAUCGUUCAGGUGUUCAUGACGGAGCCGUCUGUGACCUACAAAAAUGUAGAAACAAAGGACAUCGUCAAAGGAGAUCUCAGCGCCGCCAUGGACUCGCUGAACCAAGCCAUAACACAAAAAGUGGUCAUCGAAAAAGAAGAGGUAGUGAAGGGAAACAUACCAACGACUUUAAAGAGUCUGGAGGAGGCCCAGCAUCAAGCCAAAGAAAUGGAGAAGCCUGAAAUCAUCAGAGGAGACAUAAGGGGCGCUUUGGAGUCACUGGAAAAAUCGGCGUCUGUCAAAACAGAGGCCACUGUUGAGGAUUUGGUGCCCGGCGAUGUCAAAGGAACUCUGAGGAGCCUGCAGGAGGCGAAACAAGCUGUGAAGGAGAUGGAAAAGGCGGAGAUCAUCAAAGGAGACAUCCACACUGCCAUGCAAAGUUUGCACGAGGCGUCGAGCGAGAAAAAAACCUUCCAGCACCAAGUGAGUGAACAGGGGGACGUAAAAGGUACCAUCCAGCUGCUACUGGAGCCGGCUACCUCUCCGAGAAUGCAGCGCAGGGGGAGCACCGAGGGGGACGUUAAAACGUCCAUAAAAUCCCUUUAUGAGGGGCAGGACGCAGCGCAGGUGGAGAAAGAAGAGGUGGUGAGGGGGGAUGUCCAAGGGGCAAUAAAGUCGCUGAUGCAAAGAAAGCAGUAUACUAGCAAGAAACGCACGCACGCUCCCAAAAAAGCAAAAGAGGCCAUAAAAAAACAACCCACUGCAAAGCAAACGGAGCCCGAAUGCACGCAUGAGGCCGAGGGCGUGGCAGUCACCUCUGCCCCCGCCGUGAAAAACCUCACUCAGAGUGGGGACGUGUGCAUGCAGAGGCACCAUGACAGCAAGUCGCUGAAAACACAGGUAAUAACCCAAGAGGAGCACGUGGUUGCUGUAGUCAAAACAGACAAUCCCGCUGGGGCUUGUCAUCAGGCGGGCAUGAAAGUGCAGCCGCCGCAGAAAACCCCAGCUCCCAAGCCUUUCAUGAUAAAGACGAAACAAAGGAGUAAUCCAGAUCAAACGGAGACCAAAUCCGCUGAUGUGAUUAAACAGGAGCAAAGCGCAUCACAGUGGAGCAACUCCAACGUGCAAAUGAGCCAGAUGACAACAAUAAAGCAGGUGCAGACGGCGGUGACGGAGGAAACGGUCACGCAGAAGCAGAACCACACGUCGCAAAAGAAAAGCGGGGCCCUCAUCGAAAAGCAAAACCCGAAGAGCGAUCGCAAGAACAUCAACAAAGGAGCCAUUAAGAACGUCAAAGCUGAGAUCCACUUCCCUCCGCCGCCGCCGACCUCGCCGCCUCCUCUGUCUGAGUCCGAUCUGUCCCUUCCUCCACCUCCGUCGCCAGUGAUGGAGAGCCCGUUGCCCCCGCCGUCGAUCACGAGGCAGGACAGCGACCUGCCGCCGCCGCCUCCGCCUCCGAUGGAAUUUUUCCCUCCACCUCCUCCAGAUUUUCUCCCUCCGCCUCCAUCACCACAAGAACUUGACGCACUACCUCAGCCUCCACCUGCGCGGCCCUUUGGCAAGCCUUUAUUUAAAGUUCACAAGCAACCAGAACCGCCCAAGCAGCCUGCACCAGUGAAGCCCAAAUGGCAGAAAAAAGCUCCCCCUCCACCCUCAUCUCAGGUUUUUCCUCUGGAAACUGCAUCUUCUAUAGAACACAAGGAGGAAUCAAAGGUCGAAACGCAGCAGACCGCCGUAACCAGCGGUGAAACCAAAUCAGCGCCCACGAAAAUACCCAGCAACCCAAGUCCACAGCCCCCUAGAAAAGUGUUCGUCCCUCCGAUUAAACUGCCUCCCCCUGCAGAGCCUGCUGCAGCUCCGACGGCCAAACCGUACGCUCGCAAAUUCAAAACCCCACUCAUGCUGGCGGAGGAGAAAUACCGCCAGCAGAAGCUGGAGAAAGAGGCGGAGACGGAGAUGAGUAGGGUCUCCACUCCUACUUCACCAUCGGUUAGCAUAUCUGCUGCCACUGCGAACCUGUCUGCAGCAGCAAAAGCAAAGGAAGACGAGGCCUUGCAUGUAAACAAAGGAGAAUUUACUGAGAAGACCCCAUCCCAAACCCCAAUGAGCAGACCCACAACUUUAGCAGUAAAUAAAAGAGCGGCCGCUGCGUCUGCCACGACAACUUUGGAUAAAAAGCUUGUUUCCGUGAAGCCGCCGUGUGAAAAAGUUUUGUCUUCAACUGCUAAUCAGACAGCUUCUGUUAUUCAGUCUCAUCACGAAGCCUCAGAAACCCAAACGAGCUCGAUCGCGGUCACUUCAUCAGUUGUCGAGCAGCAGCACUUUAUUAAAAAAUCCACCGGCAAGUCUGUGGAAGCCUCAGCGACAUCCGUCAGGGAAAAUUUUCCCCGGGGAAGCGAGGACGUCAAGAUUGCACCACAGGAGGGAAAAACAGGCGCUUCUCAAGCAACUAAAAUCCCCAAGGUUAGUCCGAGUUUCAAAGUGAAAACCUUCAAAGCUCCAAUGGAGAAGAAAGAGGAGCAAAAGGAAACAGUCAAAAGCGACAUGUCGCAGAGAGUGAGUGUUGAAAGCAAACAGCUGACCUCAGCAAAGACUGAAGUGACGGCAAAAGAGAAAAGAAGUGAGGACGUGAAGAAAGCUGAAGCAGACGCUCGAACCAAGACAACCAAGCAGGCGCAGAAAACCGAAGCGGAGGUAAAGCUGUCGCCAUCGGUUACUGUCCCACUGCCAAAGUUGAGUAAAACAACGGCGGCCCAUCAAGGACAGGCCCUCGUGUCUGCCUCCCACAGCCAGCAGAGCGUCAAAGCGGAGCACAUUCAGCGGCACGAGGAGGUGGUCGUGACCGAGCGGGUGGUGAGGAGGCAGGAGAUCGUUCAGCAGCAGCAAACCAAGCUGCAAGCGGCGGAGGUGAACAGAACACAGAUAAAAGCGGGAAAGUCGAAGGCUGAGACGAAGGAGGUGUCCGUCCUGAUAACGACCGAUCAACGCGACGCCAAGUUGGAAGAGAACGCCGAUUUGGAGAAGUCCGACACGCUGCAGAAGCUGCUGGCUCAAAUGAAAGAGUUUGAGGGCCAACCAAGCAGACUGGACUCCAACACUGUCAGGGAGGUUGUGGGCGGAGUGCCCGACUGGGUGAUGAGCACAGAUGAAAAGAAGAACAUUAGUGAAAUCGCCAAACAGCAAAGCAAGAAAAAGCUGAAAGAGAUGCUGGCUUAUGUGAGAACGAUCAUCCAAGCCAAGCUCACGCUUCUGGAGAAAAACCUGAAGAAAGAGGAACCGCCUCCAUCCGUGCCUCCCAAACCCGACAAAAGGGUUCUCAGCGUUGCAGCGUCGCAAGUUAGCGCAGUGCAGGAGACGCAAAAUAAGGUGGUGGAGGAGAAAAAGAGUCUGGCGGAGAGCAGAGUCCGUCACGGGGUGAGCCAAGCGGCCGAGCGGAGGGUGUCCUCUCCGUUGGCGAGCAUCCGGACCCCAUCGCCCACCUUCAUCAGCAUCGAAUCCAGACGGGUAGACUCGCCCUUGAGGGUGACCCCGUCUCCUCCGCCUUACAGGUCGGCUGGGACGCCGCCGCCCCCUCCUCGCAAAUCUUUUACUCCCACCCUCAGCAGGACCACGAUGUCUCCCACUCUCAAUCGCUCCGAGAAGCUGAUGAAGGUCAGCACCUCCAAGCUUUCCCGCGGAAUGACUCCCCCUCCUCCGCCGCCGAUGCCGGAGGUCGUUCAGAGAGAGCAACCCUCCCCGCUUAGCGACAGGGAGGCGACCCUGGAGAGGAGCGAGCAGGAGCUGGUGGACGUCGCAGAGAUGGUGGAUUCCAUGACGACGGUGAAAGACAAGAAGUCUUUCUUUGAGGAGGCCCAAAGAGCUGAAGUGAACAAGACCUACUUCCGAAAGGAUCCCAUCGAGAUCCCCGAACGUUUGGGGCCGGAUGCAGAAGAAGGCCCAGAGGCCGUGACCCUCGACCUUCUGAAAGAGGACCUCCCAAAAGUGGACCUGUCGAAGCUCGUCAACAGGUUCGAGUCGCCGCAGCCCAAAAUUUACAGCAGAAAAGAGCCCAUCGUCAUCGCGGAGAGGCUGGGGAGCGACACCGAAGACGCAGAGCCUGAAGUUCAAACCCCGAAAACGGAGGAAAUCCCGACGCUCAACGUCAAAGCAAUAAAGAACGUGUUUGAGACUGGAGAGCACAGCUCCCAGGCAGCACAGGAGCUGAGGGAGCAAAUCGAGAGAAGGGAGCAGGACUCGGUUUAUUCUGAAGGGAGUCACUCCAGAUCAGCGUCUGUGGCCGAGCAAUUCUCCAACGUGGACAACUUAGGAAACCUGACAAGGAGUGAAAUGGAUUCUGAGAAACCAUCGAGCCGCGGCAACCCUCCGUCCUACGCCGACGUGGUCAGGGGCCGAGUUCUGACCGUGGACGUGCCCCCGGAGGCCUCCACAGAGGAGCUGCUGAGGAGCUUCCAGCAGUCGUGGGCCGAGAGCCAGGGAGUCUUCCAGAACCUGGGUUUCAGGGUCACGGAGCAGAGGUCAUCCCAGGUCGUGACCCACCAGCAGGAGACGUUUGUGUCGGAAAACUCGAGUACCAGAGUCCGAACUGUGCAGGGUGUGCCGGAAGCGGGUGUACCCCAUGGAGUCUCUGAUGGCAGACAAACAAAACUUCCAUAAAAGCUGCUUUCGCUGUGAGCACUGCGGAGGCAAACUGAGCCUCGGCAACUACGCUUCUCUCCAUGGACGAAUGUACUGCAAGCCACACUAUAAACAACUGUUCAAAUCCAAA